CAUUGGAUUUAGAGGAUGUUCUUCAGAAAAACAGUGACGUUUUCAAAAAGGAGUUAGGCAGCAUGCAGGGGAUCAAAGUGAAAUUGACCGUUGAGCCGGAAUGCCAGCCAAAAUUCUUAAAGGCCCAACCUUUGCCAUAUGCACUCAAACCCAAAGUGGAGGCAAGCUUAACUGAACUUGUAAAAGAUGGUGUCCUGGAACCUGUCAGUGUAAGCAAGUGGGCAACACCUAUUGUUCCCGUUUUAAAGAAAGACGGUAGCAUAAGAAUUUGCGGAGAUUUUAAAGUCACUGUGAACCCAGUGUUGUCGGUGGAACAAUACCCCUUACCGCUCAUAAAUGACAUCUUUGCAGGACUGACUGGAGGACAAAAAUUCAGUAAAAUUGAUCUCAACCAGGCAUACCUGCAAAUGCAUGUUGAGGAGCAGUCCAGAGAACUAUUGACCAUAAAUACACACAAGGGCCUAUUUCGGUAUCAGCGCUUACCAUUUGGAAUCACUUCGGCUCCGUCCCUGUUUCAGCGAGCGAUGGACCAGAUUCUGGCAGGACUCCCGGGAGUAGUAUGUUACUUAGACGACAUUCUUGUGACUGGUACUGACGAUGAAUCACACCUGCAGCAUCUGGACGCUACCCUAAAAAGACUGAAAGAGUAUGGAUUGAGAGUGCGGAAGGACAAAUGUGAAUUUUUCCAGUCUGCAGUUGAGUACCUAGGCCAUGUCAUUGAUGCCUCUGGCCUGCAUACGUCCCCAGCAAAGGUUAAGGCCAUAGUGGAUGCUCCGACACCUAAAAAUGUCACCCAACUGCGUUCAUUCCUCAGCUUGCUUAAUUAUUAUGGACGUUUUAUUUCAAACAUUGCUACUCUGUUGAAACCCCUGCACAAAUUGUUGUGUCAGGAGAAUAGCUGGAGGUGGACCACUGAAUGUCAGGAGACUUUCCAAAGAGCAAAGGAGACCAUGCUGAAGUCAGAAGUCCUCACUCAUUUUGAUCCUUCUCUGCCAAUUCAGCUGGCCUGCGACGCCUCCCCAUAUGGUGUGGGAGCUGUCUUGUCCCACAUCAUGCCGAACGGUCAAGAGAAACCGAUCGCAUUUGCUUCUAGAAGUCUGAGCAAAGCCGAAGCAAAUUAUGCUCAAAUUGAACGUGAAGCAUUGAGCAUUGUGUUUGGAGUGCGCAAGUUUUACCAGUAUAUUUUCGGAAGGAAGUUUACUCUGCUGACCGAUCAUCGCCCACUGACUGCGAUUUUUGGUCCUUAUCAUGGCAUCCCCUCUCUUGCUGCUAGUAGGAUGCAAAGAUGGGCUUUGUUAUUGUCUGCUCAUACCUAUGACAUCAAGUACCGGAAGUCAGAAUUGCACAGAAACGCAGAUGGACUGUCCAGAUUGCCUCUCGCUGACCAAGUAAAAGAAACAAAAGUAGCUGAAAUUUUCUACUUUAGUCAAGUGGAAAGGACCCCAAUAACAGCUGCACAAGUGCGCAAGGGCACACGUAAUGAUCCUGUCUUGUCCAAGGUCAUGGAUAUCGUCAUGACAGGAAAAGAUGAGAACCAUGACCUAGAGCUAAAACCAUAUCUUACUCGACGUCAUGAACUCUCAGUGCAGACAGGCUGUUUAUUGUGGGGAAGGAGAGUGAUCAUUCCACCAACAUUGCGCAAAUCAGUGUUAAAACAGCUGCAUGCGGGACACUGUGGAAUGGUCCGCAUGAAGGAGAUUGCCAGGAGUUACUUCUGGUGGCCAGGAGUGGAUCGAGAAAUUGAAGAGAAGGCAAGAACAUGUACGUCAUGUCAAAGCAUACGCAACGUACCACAACUGGCACCGCUGCACCCCUGGGAAUAUCCAGAGAAACCGUGGCAUCGCAUUCAUGCUGAUUUUGCAGGUCCGGUCGAGGACAAAAUGCUGCUGGUCGUCAUUGAUGCACACAGUAAGUGGCCUGAAGUAGCCAUAAUGAAAUCUACGUCAGCAGAAAAGACCAUUGAGAAGUUGGGAGAAAUUUUCAGUAGAUUUGGACAACCAGUGCAGUUUGUUUCAGACAAUGGACCUCAAUUUAUUUCGCAUGAAAUGGGCACAUUUCUACUUGCAAAUGGAGUGCAACAUAUCAAGUCAUCACCCUACCAUCCUGCAACAAAUGGGCUUGUGGAGAGGUUCGUGCAGACCAUGAAACAUGCUUUAAAAGCUUCAAUUGGACAAGGCACAUUGCAUCAACGCCUUCAUAACUUCUUGCUGUGCUAUCGCAGUACUCCACACGCAACUACCAAAGUGUCACCAGCCUACUUGUUGUUUAAUCGAGAGCUCAGGACAAGCUUUGAGCUACUUUAA